UCACACACUCGACCGAGAAAGAGAACGGGAGAGGUGCAGAGGAGUGAGCAAAGCAACUAAGCAAGCAAUGGUGAGUGCUCCUUGCUGCGAGAAGAUGGGGCUCAAGAGGGGCCCGUGGACGGCGGAGGAGGACAUGACCCUUGUGGCUCACAUCGAGCAGCACGGGCACAGCAACUGGCGGGUGCUGCCGAAGCAGGCCGGCCUGCUGCGCUGCGGCAAGAGCUGCCGCCUCCGGUGGAUCAACUACCUGCGCCCCGACAUCAAGCGCGGCAACUUCACCAGCGAGGAGGAAGAAGCCAUCAUCCAACUCCAUGCCAUGCUCGGCAACAGAUGGUCCACCAUUGCCGCCAGGCUGCCUGGCAGGACGGACAACGAGAUCAAGAACGUCUGGCACACACAGCUCAAGAAGCGACUCCAGUCGUCGUCCAAGUCGUCCGGCCAGGCAGCGCCUAAGCGCAAAGCCAAUAAACCUGCUGUGGCUGCGAGCACGCUCGAGGAUCCGACCUCCGACCCGGUGUCGGCGGAGCAGUCCCUCGCGAUGUCGCCGGAGCAGUCCCUCUCGACGUCAUCUGCCACCGACUACUCGAUGGCCUCGUCGUUGGAGAACACGGGCAGCUCUUCCUCGGAGGAGUUCCAGAUUGACGACAGCUUCUGGUCGGAGACACUUGCGAUGUCGGUGAACAGCUCCGGUUCCGGGAUGGAAACCAGCGACACCUUCGGUGCAGACAGUGCAUCGCCGUCGUCGAGCAACAAUGAGAUGGACUUCUGGGUCACGCUGUUCAUGCAGGCUGGUGACAUGCAUAGUUUGUCACAAAUUUAAUGAGAAAAUUGGGUUAUUUUACGUAACAUUUUUCUUUUGAAGAAAAGGGGUUUCCCCCGCCCAAUUUUUAUUGGAAACGAGGCAAGCAAACAAUAAAACAACUGUUCCCAGCGCUCAAGCCUAGCCAAAAAAGUAGCUGGGCCAGAUUACGGCAACAAA